GGCGGGCGCCACACUUGAAGAGGGUGCGGGAGGCGGCUCCAGCGGCCGCUUAGCUGUUAUGGAGCCAGCCUUGGAAGCGCGGGAACUGGGUCGCUGGGCGGCCGAAGAGAUGGGGGCGGCCCGGGUCCCGGAAGCGACACUGCGCAGGCUGUGUCUGGGCCAGGGCGCUGACAUCUGGGCCUACAUCUUGCAGCACGUGCACAGUCAGAGGACUGUCAAGAAGAUCCGCGGAAACCUGUUGUGGUAUGGCCACCAGGACAGUCCAGAGGUCCGUCGGAAGUUGGAGCUGGAAGCCACUGUGUCCCGCCUGCGGGCAGAGAUCCAGGAGUUAGACCAGAGCCUGGAGCUGAUGGAGCGAAAGACUGAGGCUCAGGACAUGGCCAUGGAGCAGGCACUGCAGAGCAUGCAAGACACUCAGCGUCGCGCCCUCCUCCUUCGGGCGCAAGCUGGGGCCAUGCGAAGACAGCAGCGUGGGCUCCGAGACCCCACACAGAGACUGCAGAACCAGCUCAGGCGCCUGCAGGACAUAGACAGGAAGGCCCAAGUGGAUGUGACCUUUGGACCCCUGACGUCAGCAGCCCUGGGCCUGGAGCCUGUGGUCCUGCGUGAUAUCCGAGCAGCCUGUACCCUCCGGGCCCAGUUCCUGCAGAACCUCCUGAUUCCCCAGGCCAAAAGGGAGAGCACCCCGAUCCCUCGCGAUGACCACUUCGGAGUUUCCUACCAGCAGUGGCUUAGCUCAGUGGAGACGCUGCUGACAAACCACCCCCCGGGCCACAUCCUGGCUGCCUUGGAGCACCUGGCUGCAGAGCGAGAGGCAGAAAUUCGGUCUCUGUGCAAUGGGAACGGGCUCGGAGAUACGGAGAUGCCCAGGCCCCAGGCACUGGACCAGUCGGACUCCGGCCAGGCCCUGCCGUCUACGGUGCAUCUCAUCCAGGAGGGCUGGCACACUGUGGGUGCACUGCUCACCCAGCGGGGCGCCGUCCUGAAGGAGCGGCAAGUCCUGGCCUGGCGCCUGCAGGGGCUGCUGGAGGAAGCGGAGAGACGUGCUCUGGGAUCCAGCGAGAGGCAGGUGCUGAUGCUGGGGCUUCGCGACUGUGGCCUGCGGGCGGAGCUCAAGGCCCUGCGUGCCCAGAGCCGGGAGCUGGAGGACGCAGCUGGGCACCGGCAGCUUCUGCUGAGGGAGCUUCAGGGCAAACAGCAGCGGAUCCUGCGCUGGCGCCAGCUGGUGGAGGAGACCCAGGAGCAGGUCCGCCUGCUCAUCAAGGGGAACUCAGCCAGCAAGACCCGCCUGUGCCGGAGCCCCGGGGAGGUGCUGGCGCUGGCUCAGCGAAAGGUGGUCCCCACGUCUGAGGCAGUGGCACCGCAGAUCCAGGAGCUGCGUCGCCGUCGGGAGGAGAAAGCCCGGCAUCUGCCCCACGUUCUGCUGAGCACCCUGCUGCGGCACAGCCCCAGAGAGUUGAAAGCCCUGCCCACGGUCCUACCGUCCAUCCACCAGCUGCACCCCAUGUCCCCAAGGGGCUCCAGCUUCAUAGCACUGAGCCACACGCUGGGGCUGCCCCCAGGAAAGGCUCCGGAGCUGCUUCUGCCAGUGGCUGCCUCUCUUCGCCAGGACUUCCUGUUCCUCCAGGACCAGCGGAACCUCCGGUGCUGGGAUCUGCUCCACAUGACAGACAGCCUGCCGCCAGGCCCGUCCGCCCAGGAGCUGCUGCAGAGCCAGGCGUCCCAGGAAAACGAGCAGAAAGAGAACGUGGGGCAGGCUCUGAAGAAGCUGGAGAACCUGCUGAAACAGGCGCUGGAGCGAAUCCCCGAGCUGCAGGGGGUCGUGGGGGACUGGUGGGAGCAGCCAGGCCAAGCUGCCCUCUCGGGGGAGCUCUGCCAGGGCCUGUCCCUGGCCCAGUGGCAGCUGCGCUGGGUUCAGGCCCGGGGGGCGCUGGAGAAGCUGUGCACAUGAAGAGGGGCUCGAACAGGAGUCAAGGACUUCACGUUUGUUCACCCGACACCUUACCUCUCUCAAUACGAUAUUUGGACGAAGCAUCGCCAGGAUUUAUCAGCCCGUCGCCCCACCCAUGCCUGCAGCCCCCCUCACAUGCUGUUCUGCUUCUCCUCUCGAUUCCCUUGCCCCUCUUCUCACACCCUGCCAAAACCCACAGUGCUGUGGACUGUCCCCAGACACCCCUGAAACUCCAUCACAUUUACCCUCAGUGAAAAGUAAGGGAGCACCUCCUCUGGGCACUGGGGAUUCGGCACUGAACAAAAGAGACAGAAGUCCCUGCCUUCAGGGGGCUGAUGUUCUAGGGCAGGGAGACAGACAGUUGACAAAAUGAGUAAAAUAUAUUGUAUAUUGGCAGAUAACAGCUAUGGAGAGAAUAAAACAGGUUGUAGGAGGUGUGAUUUAAACAGAGGGCUACACUGCAAAAGUCACACUCCACAAAGGUAGGGAGCAGGAGCCACCGGGGUGUCUGAGGAAGAGCUCGCGGUGGCAGCUACACACAUGUAAAGGCCCUGAAUUGGAAUGUGCUGGUGUGAGGGCCACAGGGGAGGCCAGUGUAGUUGGGGCGGGGGGAGCUGGGGGGUGCAGGUGGUGUUAAAAGAUGACAUUGACUUCUAGUUUUUAUACGUUUAAAUCUGAGCCAUUUGGAAUUUAUCCUAGCAGAGAGAUCCAAUUUUGUCUUAUUUUACAUAUAUCCCAACAGCACUUACUAAAAUUCCCAGUCAGAGCAGCAGUCGCCUCUUAGAGAGGCUGGGAUCAACUGAGGAGGAGACGGAAGCUUUCUAGGGUGAUGGGAAUGUAUUAUAUAUUGAGAGUGGUAGA